AUGUCUGUUGUGAUUUCAGUGCUUGAAGAGAAAAGUGGACUUGAGGCACUUGGGAAAGCUUGGCAGAUUUUGAAGGGAUUCAAGGUACAAGGGUUUCUGCUAAAUCUUAUGUAUGACGUACCUGUGUUGAUUGGGUAUAUCUGGUGGUACAAGGAGAGCCCAAAGAAAGGAACUUACUAUACGCUGGUUACGGGACUGAUUCUGUUAAACGUUGCUUGUGUGAUCAAGAUGUUGAUUGUGGUGGCGUUCACAGUGUUAUACCAUAUGUGCAAGCAGAGCCAUGGAGAAGAGGUUGAGUUGCAAGGAAGCUUGAAAUACACUAAGGUGUCCGAUGAUGAACCAACCGUUGGAUCAGAAAUUCCAUAA